AUGUCUUCGUCAAUUGAUCUGAGUGUUCCGACGGCUUUGAUGCUUAUUGACAACCAGUCAGCCUUCACUGACCCGUCACACUGGGGCGCCUCACGCUCCAACCCACUCUAUGAAGUCAAUCUUCAGUCGUUACUCUCCGCUUUCCGAGCGGCACGAGCCUCAUCCUCGACUCUACUUGAAGUGGUACACAUUUUCCACUCCUCUGACUCGCCUGCAUCCCCUCUUCACCCGUCCCAUCCAGACGGCGGUAUUCGACCGCUAGACUUUGCUACCCCGGCAUCGGAUGACUCGGAACCCAUUUUCUGGAAGAAUGUCAACUCUUCGUUCAUUGGGACCAACCUAGAGUCGCAUUUACGACAGAAAGGAAUCCGACAGAUUAUUGUUGCAGGUCUGACAACCGAUCACUGCGUCUCAACAACGGUCCGCAUGGCGGCAAACCUAGGUGUUGUCGAUCGCUCUUUGGAUGAUGGUCCUCUCCUAUUUAGACCUGAUGGCUCUCGUGAGAACGAGAUUCGCGUGGAAAGGGGGCGCAUUAUUCUAGUGUCGGAUGCAACUGCAACAUUUAGCAAGGCUGGGUUUGAUGCAGAGACCAUUCACAAAGUCUCAGUUGCCAGCCUUGACGGCGAGUUUGCCGAUGUGUUUGGAACUGAGGAGGUUGUGAAGGCCCUCAGGAAGGUCGAAAACCCUGACAUAGCUUGA